GUGCCAUGCCAAAUAGCAGCGCGUAAGUUGUGGCCACAGUCCUACAGGGUACUAUAUAUAUCCGAGUCAUCUGCAUGAUCGUCCAGAACUUACAGCUUGUAUCCCUUUACCAUUGCACAGAUCGAUCCUGCCAUGCACCACAUUUUAUUUCUCCCUGAAAUUACAUUCAAUAUCUUCGAGUUCCUGAAUCCUUUUCUUUCAGGACCCGAGGGCUCCCAUAAGCCCAAUCCACUUCGUCUGCGGGAUCUCGCAGCGGUCGCGAUAACGUGUCAUGCGUUAAGCGGUCCGGCGCUCGACGUGCUAUGGGAUACUCAAAUGUGCUUCGGACGAUUGCUGAUGUGCAUGCCGCCAUCUGUCGUCGAAAUUCGCGAUAGUGAUUUUGAACACCUGAUUCAAGAUCCUUCGCCCUCGGACAUGUUACGAAUGCUUCCUUAUGCUCGACGGAUCAAGAGGAUAGGUCCGCCUGUAGCCGAUUUUCGAUGGCUUUUUCCUGAACAUUUUUUGAUCCCCUCCAAAACCAUCAACUGGCUUCUUUCGGCCUACCCUAUGGAAAAAUUUCUUCCCCAUCUCACUCACAUGUCGUGUCCCGAGCUCGUGGAGGGUACGGGAGACAUUAUGGACAUUUCGUUCGCACCAUUAUCCCGCAGUAACCUCACGAUGUUCGAUUUCUCUGUCACAUUCGAUGACGAAGUGGAAGGCUUGCCAUUACUCUCAAUUCUGGUUAAUGACCUUCCUCAGCUCAGAACGAUAAAAUUGAAAGUCAUCGGCAGUGCAUGGCAUAAUAUACAUACGCUCUACUCCGGGGCAAUUGCUCCUCUGUGUUUGUUCCGCAACCUAGAACACCUGAAUCUUACGAUCGUCGGGCUUGUUUCCGAGGGUCCUGGCCUCGCUGGCCUUCACGUGUUCCCUUGUUUGCAGGAACUGAAAUUGUCAAGCGAUACCAACUUUGCUGUCGAUUUCUUGAUAGCGUUAAAGUCGAACAUGCUCCACACGCUUGACUUGAUCAUUAUGUACAGCCCAUCAGCCGGCAACCAGCUUGAGCGCUUAGACCAACAUCGACUCUUUUCGUCCUUGCGACGUCUAACGAUCUCCAGUGAUUUCUAUUUCAUGAUGUCACUCAUAGAGGCUGUUCACUCGAAUGUGUUGGAAAGUCUUUGCUUGACUCUCGCCCUCACAUUCGGCAAACGGAUUGUGCGCUCACUUACUACCCUGAUCUUGUCGAAGAGAGGAUGGGAAUCAUCCCUGAGGACCAUUACAAUGGACCGAUUCGGACCCAACCUAGGGCUUGACGGGCUGCCCGGUCCUAGUCACCUAUACUCCCUUUCCAUAGAAAACCUGCUCGUCUUCUCCCACUUGCAGCGCGUAAUACUGGAUGACCUCGCGAUCUCACUGAACGAUGCUUUAUGCAAGAAACUUGCGAUCGGGUGGCCGGACCUGGUUGAAUUCUACGUCAGGCCUCAGGCCGUAGACUCUGGGGCUGUCGGUCCCGACAGUCUGGUCACCUUCGCAAGGCAUUGUCCAAAAUUAUCGUUUCUUCAGCUUGGUAACUUGUUGAAUACCACGACAGAGUUUCCAGUGCUCGAUGAUGAAACACUUACUGCUUUGUCCUCGCGCCCCACGCGUUCCACCUGCAUGCGAAUAUCAGUGCAUGCGGAUUCAUCCCCCACCAAUCCAAAAGCAGUGGCAAAAUUUCUCGCCAUGGUAUUUCCCGACAGAGAAAUCAAGAUCAUACUUGCUGCAUCCUUUUGCCGGAAGUCCCUACGCAAAUCCUCCGAUGUGUGGAAUGAAGUUGUAGAAUGGCUCAGGAGGUCACAGCUGAGCAGCCUCGAAUUCGGCCCUUGUUAUCAUACACAACUUUGUACUGUGUGUUGGGUCGGUCGGUAACGAACGUCCGUCAUUAUGGCAAAAACUGGGGGGCGUAUAACUCAAUUCCUUGAUUGUUGACCGGAUACCAUUUGAUAUAAGCAUGUGUCGGACUGCUCCUUGCCACGACGAUGUCAUUAUACGACUCUUUUCGUCCCUACA